CAUCAGCGGAGGAAUGGACAAAGAGGAAGAGCUGGGUUCAUUUGAUCCAAACAUACCAGAGGAGGGACCAUCGGCGCCCCCUCCUGGCUGGCUGGAAGACAUACAUGGAUACCAGGGUCACAAAGGAGGAGAGGGUGAUAACCCGUUGUACCCCCCUCCCCCUGCCUACAACCCCCAGCCUGAACAAGACAGGAACACUUUGGUGCCCAACGUCAGGGUCCCCACGGUGUCGGAGGAUGUGGCCAGAGAAGCCCUGCUCAAGUUUGUGGAAUCAAAAUGGACUUACAGCUCCAAACCUGCCAGGAACCUCACCUUCAAAGAGCUCAAACCCAUCAUCGUGUACAGGUAUCGACUGGAGACCUACACUGAGAGCAGAGCCAGCGCCUGGCAGUAUGAAUCAUACAGCGGUCAGCCGGUUGAUGGUCCUCAGUACGGUAUGAGUCCUCCUCCGUGGGACGUACCGGUGGUAUUGCCUCCCAGAUACACUGACGUGGUGGAGAGGGUCCGCGUGCCACACUCGUCCUUUGUAAAGCUGUGUCACAAGUGCAACGGCUGUGGAAGAACUCGCUGUGUUAUGUGUCAUGGUAGAGGCCAGAAGCGUUGCACCUUCUGUCACGGUCACGGUCGCUCCAGGAACAAGCGCUGCACUUCCUGUCACGGCAGAGGUCGCAAGAGGUGUAUGUCCUGCCACGGUCACGGCUACAAGACCUGCUCUGCUUGUCACGGCAGCCAAAACCUGAUGCAUUACAUCGAGCUCACUGUGACAUGGAAGAACAACAUAUCUGAUUUCAUUCCCGACCGUCAGCCGGACUUCCCUGACAAGAAGUUUGAGAAGGUGACCGGAGAUCCUUUCUUCAUCGACGAGAGUGUGCUGGUGUAUCCUAUCCAGGGUUUCCCCGAUCAGGAGAUCUGUGAUGUUACUAGAAGACUGAUUAAUGAACACAUUGGUCGCUUCAGUGCCAACAGCCGAAUCAUGCAACAGCGUCAGACCAUCGAGUUGGUGCCUCUGACUCACGCUUAUUACACUUACAACGGAAAAGACUUCAGCUUCUUUGUGUACGGAGUAGAGAACAAAGUCUUCACGGCCAAAUAUCCCACUGCGUGUACUAUUCUAUAAGUAACAUACGUGGUAACAUGAUCCCAUCCCAUGAUCCCAGACAUGUGUAGUCAGGGUCGGGCAGGAGGGAGAAACUAAAACGUCCGUUCACAGCAGCAGCAGCACAUGAAAGUGUGUCUGCUGUUCAGGUGAAGCAAACCCAACACUCCCUCUCUUUGAAUGUAGAAAUAACCUUAAUGUUAUAACAUCAUAUUUAACAUCAUAUUCUAAAUAUCUCAAACAUCCGGGGUCGUAUUCAUAAAAGAUCUUAACUUUCUAUUCAGUCUUUUUAGUUACACAGAGAAGCAACUUUUAGUAACUGAGAAGGUUUGUUAUGAUUUUAUGUUAUUAAGCCCAAUGAGAUCUACUUGACCUGGAUAAGAAGGCAGCAGCACCAUGAAUGAUAUGAAUGUUAUUAAUUAAUCAAACAAUCAACAUACAGAAGCAGAAAUAUUUUAUCAGCUGUGUCACAUAUUUCAUACAUUAAAUAUAUGAAAAUAUAAACCAGCAGAUUCUAUUUGGCAUCGAAAAACGUCAUAUUAUGAGGGUUUUAUUUCUACAGUGGAUUGGACAAAUCUUCAUCCAGUAAUGACCUUAAAAUCAGCUUCAUAUAUGUAUUAUAGUUAUUUAAUAUAAAGCAUAAG